AUGGAGCUCCUGGGAGGAGCCACUGUUGUCCUCCUGGUUUGCAUUGCUUGCCUGCUCUCCUUUGCAGCAUGGAAAGGAAGGUCUGGGAAGGGGAAGAUGCCUCCGGGACCAGCUCCCCUUCCCAUUCUAGGCAACCUGCUGCAGGUGAAACCAAGUAACUUGGCCAAAACCCUCCAGAAGCUCAGUGAAGAGUAUGGACCCGUGUUCACAGUGCACCUGGGCUCUGACCCAGUGGUGGUGCUGCACGGAUACGAUGUGGUGAAAGAAGCCUUGGUCGAUCGCGCAGACGAGUUUGCUGCCAGGGGACACAUGCCAAUUGGAGACAGGGCUAACAAUGGAUUAGGGAUUGUUUUUAGCAACAAUGAGCUAUGGUUACAAGUCCGGCGGUUUUCUCUCACCACUCUGCGAAACUUUGGAAUGGGGAAGAGGAGCAUUGAAGAGAGGAUACAGGAGGAAUCUGACUACUUGCUGGAAGAGAUCAACAAAACAAAGGGAACAGCUUUUGACCCAACCUUCAUGCUGAGCUGUGCUGUCUCCAAUGUCAUAUGCUCCAUUGUCUUUGGGAAACGAUAUGAUUAUAAAGACAAGAAGUUCCUGGCUCUGAUGGACAACAUGAACAAUAUCUUUGAGAUGAUGAACUCCCGCUGGGGACAGGUACGUUCAAUGUUCUCAAAUAUCAUGGACUACCUGCCUGGCCCACACAACAAUAUAUUCGGAGAAUUUGAUGCUCUAAAAGCCUUUGUAGCAGAGGAGGUGAAGUUGCACCAAGCCUCCCUAGAUCCCAAUUCCCCUCAGGAUUUCAUCGACUGUUUCCUCAGCAAAAUGCAGGAGGAGAAAGGUCGUCCCAAUUCCAGUUUCCACAUGAAGAACCUGAUAACAAGUGCUUUCGACUUGUUCAUUGCUGGAACUGAGACAACAAGCACCACUGUACGAUAUGGGCUUCUGCUUCUUCUCAAAUAUCCAAAGAUACAAGAGAAAAUUCAAGAAGAGAUUGACCAGGUAGUAGGACGAUCAAGAAAACCCUGUGUGGCUGACCGGACCCAGAUGCCCUACACAGAUGCUGUGGUCCAUGAAAUCCAGCGCUUCAUCUCUCUUAUCCCCCUGGCUCUCCCUCACACUGUGACCAAAGACACCAGCUUCAGAGACUAUGUCAUUCCUAAGGGCACCACAAUUUUCCCCGUCCUCACUUCUGUCCUCCAUGACAGUAAAGAGUUUCCAAACCCACAUGAGUUUAAUCCUGAACAUUUCUUGAAUAAGAAUGGUAGCUUUAAGAAGAGCGAAUUCUUCAUGCCCUUCUCAGCAGGAAAACGAAUAUGCCCAGGAGAGGGCCUGGCACGAAUGGAGAUAUUCUUACUCAUAGCCACCAUCUUGCAGAACUUUACUUUGAAGGCUGUUGUCAACCCCCAGGAGCUCAACAUAACCCCGACUCUGAGUGGGACAGGCAAUGUACCUCCUGCCUACCAGCUCUGUGCUGUCCCCCGCUGA